GAAAAUGGGCACAAAGACCAUGAGAAGGAAAAGAGGCACAAAAACACUGAGCAGGAAAAAAUGCACAAAGAUCAUGAGCAGGAAAAGACAAAUGACCAUGAACAAGAAAAGAUGCAAAGUGACCAUGAGCAGGUAAAGACGCACAAUGACCAUGAGCAGGAGAAGGCGCACAAUGACCAUGAGCAGGAGAAGGCGCACAAUGACCAUGAGCAGGAGAAGGCGCACAAUGACCAUGAGCAGGAGAAGGCGCACAAUGACCAUGAGAAGGAAGAAAAGGCA